AUGUCCCCAUCAUCGACAGGCGAAUCAGUUCACUCUAUCUCAAUCAACUCAGCCCGACCGUUCACCGUUCCUGCUCGCGACCACUUCUCACUCGAACUGCCAAUAUCAUCAAUGUCAUCACUUGCGACCAUGUCGGUUGAUACGUCGCUCAAAUCCCCUGUCAGCUACAAAAACCAGCGCACGCCCAGUUUCAGCAGGGAGGCUAUGCUGAGCACGUCUCAAAAGGCCCGCCAUUUGUCGCAAUCUUCCGAUAAUACCAGACCCGACAACAUGUCCAACGGCGCACAAAAGGUCUCGAGCGACGAGGGCUCCAACCCACUUAAAAGGAGGAACACAGAAACUGGCGUUGAUUAUCCCCGCCGCAGGGCCACUAUUGCUUGUGAGGUUUGCCGUUCAAGAAAAUCCAGAUGCGAUGGAACAAAGCCAAAGUGCAAGCUCUGCACAGAGCUCGGCGCUGAAUGCAUUUAUCGAGAACCAGGUAUUAAGCUAGACGCUGGUGACAAGCUGAUCCUGGAACGCCUCAACCGCAUUGAAAGCCUUCUUCAAAUGAGCAUGGUGAACCCAUCAGCGAACGGGCUUAACCUGACGGAAAAUUCGCCUGAUUUGAGCAACGGUGCCGGGCUCGAUGGCGACAAUUUGAUCCUCUCAGCCAAUGGGGGCACUUUCAGCUCUAUUCCUAACGGUGGAUUUGGCACUUGGUCGGCGCAGCCAGUGGGGACCAACAUAUCUACCAUGCCCAAAGUACACACCAACGCUGCUAUGCAUCUACUGCAAUGGCCUCUAAUUCGGGAUCUAAUUUCACGGCAAUGCGAUCCUCAGGUUCUUCUACAACUGGAAAUGGCCCGAGAACCACUCCACACUCUGACGAAAACGCCAUGUGUGGACUUGUCAAAUACUCAAGCAUACAUCGAGGCUUAUUUUGAGAGGGUCAACGUUUGGUACGCCUGCGUCAACCCGUAUACCUGGAGAAGCCAGUACCGAACCGCCUUGUCCAACGGAUUCCGAGAAGGGCCCGAGAGUUGCAUCGUGCUUCUUGUUCUUGCGCUAGGCCAAGCAAGUUUGCACGGUAGCAUAUCCAGGAUUCUCCCCCAUGAAGAUCCCCCCGGUUUGCAAUACUUUACAGCAGCCUGGUCGCUGCUCCCAGGAUUGAUGACUGCCAAUAGUGUGGUGGCGGCGCAAUGUCAUCUCCUUGCUGCUGCAUAUCACUUUUACCUAGUGCGGCCUAUGGAGGCAUGGAACCUACUUUGCACUACAAGCACCAAACUGCAACUACUUCUCAUGGCUCCUAGCCGUAUCCCUAGUCACCAGCGAGAACUCGUGGAACGCAUUUACUGGAAUGCUUUGCUUUUCGAAAGCGAUCUUCUCGCCGAACUUGACUUGCCUCAUUCGGGUGUGGUCCAAUUUGAGGAGCAUGUUGGCCUCCCAGGUGGAUUCGAAGGAGACGAGUCGGAGCAAGUCGGUCGAGAUGAGCUCUGGUACUUCUUGGCCGAGAUUGCUCUGCGUCGCUUGCUGAACAGAGUCAGCCACCUCAUUUACUCCAAGGACUCUAUUGCAACAACACAGAGCCUAGACCCAGUUGUCGCGGAACUCGAUUACCAAUUGAGUCAAUGGUACGAGAGUUUGCCAUUGCCACUGCAGUUUCCUUUUACCCGGAAUGCCCUGCAAGACCCUGUUCAAACAGUACUUCGCCUCCGAUUCUUUGCUUGUCGCACCAUCAUCUACCGGCCGUAUAUUCUGGCAGUGCUAGAUAAUGAGCAGCAAGUUUUGGAUCCCGCCGUGAGAGAAAAUUGCCACAAAUGCUUGGAAGCUUCCAUUCGACAGUUGGAGCAUAUUCAUGAACAUCACGCCGGGCAUAUGCCAUACAUCUGGCAAGGGGCUUUGUCCAUGGUGUCUCAAACAUUACUCAUUAUGGGUGCCACCAUGUCACCAUCGCUACUCAAUAUUCUACUCACACUGGUACCAAGUCGUGAGGCGCUAGACCAAAUCAUCAACGAUGUGGUUGUCGAAGUCGAACGAUACGCGACUUUGGCCCCAAGUUUGAGCCUUGCCUCCGAGAUGCUCAAAGAGGCUGAAGUGAGACGACGCGCAUUCCUCGGCACUCCGUAG